AUGAGCUGCUCGGGGAAGGCGGCGGACGGCGCGAUGGGGAGCAAGGCGGCGCGGGCGUGCGACGGCUGCCUGCGGCGGCGGGCGAGGUGGUACUGCGCGGCGGACGACGCGUUCCUGUGCCAGGGGUGCGACACGUCGGUGCACUCCGCGAACCCUCUCGCGCGGAGGCACGAGCGGGUGCGCCUGCGGCCCACGUCGCCGCUGCUCCCUGGAGCGGCCCCGCGGGAGAGGCGCCGCGGCGACGAGGUCGUGCCGGCGUGGUUCAAGCGCAAGGCGCGGACCCCGCGCUCGCAGGCCAAGAGCGUCGGGCGUCUCCUCUCGAGGCGGCUCGUCGUGCCGCAGGCGUCCGGCGUGGACUCGCCGGAGGAGCACAAGUGUGACGUGGAGACGGACGAGGAGGAGCUGCUGUACCGCGUGCCCAUCUUCGACCCCGCCCUCGCGGAGCUCUGCUCACCUCUGACUCUCGAGGAAGCGACGACGGCCGUCGCGUCAUGCUGCAAUGAGGAUGGUGCCAUCGUUGAGAACCCGACGAAGCCAGCUGCGACGCCGACUCCGGCGCCGGUUCAGUUCUUCCCCGACAGCCUCGUAAACUUGGGCCCGACGGACGCCGAGCUCAUGGAAUUCGCCGCGGACAUGGAGGCCCUUCUUGGCCGGCCGGGCAUGGACGACGGCGACGAGGAGGAACCGUUCUGCAUGGAGGCAUUGGGCCUCAUCGAGCCGACGGACGUAGACGGCGGGGGAGUCAAGCUGGAGAUCGACCCCAUGCGAGCGUGCGGCCUCGAGCAGAAGCCGGAGGUGUCCGGCGAUAUGUUCGACAUCGACUUCGACUACGACUCGCCCCUGGGGACACCGGACGAGAACGCUGCAAGCAGCGGUGCCAGUGCGGACGCCCAGUUCACCCCGAGGAGCCUUGCGCUCAAUCUAAACUACGAGGCCAUCAUGGAGAACUGGGGGAGCUCGCCGUGGGCCGACGGCGAGAGGCCGCACGUCAAGCUCGAUGACUACUGGCCACACGACUACUACUCGCUGCAGGAGGGCGCUUGGAUGAUGGGAGGAGUGGUCGGCCAUGGCGGGGAGGGGUUGGGGACGCCGAGGCUGAGGAUGGACGGCGGCAGGGAGGCGCGGGUGUCGCGGUACCGGGAGAAGCGGCGGACGCGGCUCUUCUCAAAGAAGAUCCGGUACGAGGUGCGCAAGCUCAACGCCGAGAAGCGGCCGCGGAUGAAGGGCCGCUUCGUCAAGCGGGCCAACGGCGCCGGAGGCGACGUGCCCGUCGCCAUAGCCACGGCGUGCGUCGCGUAG